AUGUUGUCUUAUACUCCGGAUAAAGUGGCUGUGAAUCGUGAUGGAGGCCUGUCUCACCAAGCAUGUAGACCAAAGUGUCUUCACACAGAAAAUAAACUUGAACAAACUUUAGUUUGUAACCAAAUCCAAGCAGCCAAAACCAGCAAGACAACAGUGGUAACCAAUAACCUUUAUGAAACUCUAGGUUCAGUGUAUGAGCUGGAGCAUGCUAGUGAAAGCAUCUGUCAACUGAAAUACGCCUUGGAGGAAAGACAGUUUGCAAAGGGUGAGGAUGAAGUUGGAUUUGACCAGUCCUCUGUCAACAGGUACAAUGUUGACAGUGGGCACUGUCAGAACCAGCAGGAACAGCAGCACAGUCAUGCAGUUAAUCAACUUAAAAUUUUAUUGCAACAUCAAGAAAGAACGGAAAGUGAAGUCUCUCUGUCAAGGAGGAAGAUGUCGUUCUCUAAACUCCCAGAAGAUGCCACUGGAGACUUACCAGCCUUUUCUGAUCUCAUUCCUAUAAUAAAUGAUCAGUCACAGUACAUUAACCAUUUAGAAGCAGAAGUGAAGUUUUGCAAGGAGGAAUUGUCUGGGAUGAAAGAUAGAGUACAAGUAGUUGUACUUGAAAAUGAGGAACUCCAUCAGAAACUGAAAUUCUUAACUGCGGAACAUAUGCUGAGAGAACAAACUCUUCUAGAUGCCUCAGCAAAUACUCAGAACUCCUGGCCUGUAGGUAGUAAUGACUGUAUCAUGCAUCAGCCUGUCACGUCAUCACCAGCACAUAACAAAGAUCAGGCUUUUGUUACAGCAGCUGUUGCAGAAGUGGGAAAAUGGCCUGUAGAACUGGAGAAACUAAAACUUCUUUAUCAAGAAAAAGUCAAUAUCCUUGAUGCUCAAAUACAAUCUUUAAGAAAAGACCUUUCAGAAUCUCAGAAUACAUGCAGAGAUUUGGAAGGAAGGCUAAAACACCAGAAGUCACUUGUUUCAGCCACAAAUUCUAUCCGGGUUGGUGGUCUGUGUCUGAAAUGUGCGCAACACGAGGCAGUUCUUGCACAGACUCAUUCUAAUGUUCACAUGCAGACCAUUGAGAGGGUGACAAAAGAAAGAGAUGACUUGAUGGAUGCACUUGUUUCGCUGAGACAAAACAUGAAAGAGAUGCAUCAAAGAGAAUCUAAUGCUUGUGAGCAAGUUAAACAAGCUGUACAAAUGGCAGAAGAGGCCAAUUUAGAAAAAACACAGGCUCUAGUCCAGUGUGAGCAACUGAAAAGUGAGAUAGAACGGCAGAAGAAUCGUCUUGAAAGGGAGUUAGCUGCCCAGCUAAAUAUGAGGACUGAUGAAAAAGAAGCACUGCGGGAAGAAAUGAAGAAGGAAAGGGAGGGCUUGGCAGCAAUGGUGACAGCCAUGUCUGAGAAUGUGGCCAUGUUGGAAGCUCAGGUAGAGAGGAUUACAAGGGAAAAGAACUCUCUAGUAAACCAGCUAGAAGAAUCACAACAUCAGCUUGCAUCUCAUGAAGUGGAGAUGAAUAAGGUGUGUGGAGAAAUGCGCUAUCAGUUGAAUCAAACCAAAAUGAAGAAGGAUGAGGCAGAAAAGGAGCUCAGAGAGUACAGAACAAAAACUAUAAGGGAGCUUGAAAUUAAGGACCAGAAAAUAGAAAAACUGGGAUUAGAGCUGAAUGGAAACAAACAGCGUUUGGAACAAGCCCAGCAGGAUGUGACAGGAGCCAGAGAGGAGUGCCUAAAACUGACAGAACUGCUGAGUAAAUCUGAGCACCAACUGCACCUCACCAGAUUGGAGAAAGAGAGCAUUCAGCACAGCAUUAGCAACGAAGCAAAGGCCCGAGCCCUUCAGGCCCAGCAAAGAGAGCAGGAGCUGACACAGAAGAUGCAGCAAAUGGAGGCCCAGCAUGAGAAAACUGUAAAUGAACUGGAUUCAUUGCUGACCUCCCAGAAUACAUUCAUAUCAAAAUUAAAGGAAGAAUGUUGUGUGUUGGCAAGGAAGUUGGAACAAAUGUCAGAAAAAUACAGAUCUGAAGUCAACCAGCUUAGUCAGGAAAAAGAGUAUCUUCAUGGCAGAUUGGAGAAGAUGCAGAAACGGAAUGAUGAAUUGGACCAACAAUGUAUCCAGCAUGGGAGAAUGCAUGAGAGGAUGAAGUCGAGGUUACAGCAGCUUGACAAGCACUGCCAGGCCACUGCCCAGCAGUUAGUGGAGUUGCUCAACAAACAGAAUCAGCUCUUCAAAGAGAAGCAGCUGCUUACAGAAGAGGUGCAGUUUCUGCGAACACAGGAAAAAAAAUGGGAUGCAGAUCUCAAACAGGACACAGAUGGAAUCAAGUAAAAACCUGGAUGGAUAAAGAGAAAUGAGCAGAAGUCUGCUCUGCACCUGGCUGAAACUUGUCUGAGGCUCACCCAAAGACACCUCUGCAGAAAACAGGCACGCUCGCUGGCUAAUUUCAGCUGGUUUCUAUUUGGUUGUAACUACAGAAUCAUCAAUAUUUUGAAGCCUUACCAGCCUACCAAACUUCCUAGGAAGACAGCUGAGACUUUUCUGAAAAGACUAGGCUUGUUUUAACAGCUAUUAUGUAGUGUGGACUUAAGUCAUAAUUUGUACAAUUUUUUAUAAAAUUUUUUUAUGUAUAAUUGAACAUAGAUGUCUUAUUUACAGACUGAAAUACUAAUAAACCUAACUGGAUUCUUACUUUGCUCAUUCUGUCCUCUUGAAUUCAAGGGAAAGUGUGUGCACAGGAAGGAGGGAGAAGGGGACUGUUUUACGUCCUGCACAAGCACCCUGUGCUCCUGUUCAUAAACUCAUUACCAGAAUCUACCUGGGAACUUUACUUUUACAAGGUAUUUGUCACUUUCUAGACAGAAGUGAGAGUCCCAACACCUUACUUAUCUUACUUAGAAGAGCAUUAAGAAUGAUUGAGAAAUAUCCCAUAUGACAUGAAAGAAUUCCCAUGGAGCAGGUUUCCCUUCAAAACGUUCCCUGGAUAAAGUCUUCAGGAGAAAGGAACCCUUAGUACAGAUUUGCCUUUUAAGUCAACACUGGAGCAGCAAUACUAGACUCUUGCACCAGCAAAUAUUUAGCAGUCUCGGGGAUGGGCAGCAGCUGAACUUGGCUUCAAAUUAUUGAACUCAAAAUAUUUGGAGGGCUGUUUUCUGGUCAACUGCACACUUGUGCUUUUAAAAGUUACUUUCCAAAUACCAGACUGUUUCACAAAGAAUUUACCUGAAUCUUUUGCUAACUACUGUAGGAUUAAGUAGAUAAGAAAAAGGUUUCUACGUUAUCUUCAGUGUAGUUGUAGCAUUGCACUAGUAAAGAGGAAAAAAAAGCACAAAGACCAGUUCUCCAUUAAUAAAUCUAUCUCAGCCAGCAUGAACACAUAAAAUUUAACAAAAAUAGGAGUAACACCACGUGCAGUAAGUUACUGCUGUGGGACACAAUCUUUCCUUCCCUUGUAUUUUAGGAAUUAGUGCUACAGCCCUAACAUCAAAGUGGUUUUUCCUCCCUAUUUCAAUUUCCUGCCAUAUUAAACUGCCAAACACAUCUGAUAGCCUCCCUGAACUGCUUUGCCAAUAUGACAAUAAAGAUGCUUAAAAUGGCCUCAGGUCUUUAAGGACAAGAAAACCUGAUGAAAAAAAGUCCUCUCUAGUCGAACUCUGUGUUUUCCACAGUAAUCAGGCUGACAAUUUUUUAAGUGUCGCUACUUUAUAGAUGGUUACACAGGUAAGAAUAUACAUGUAUAAAUGUAGGAAUAUGCAAGCCUUUUUAAAAAAAAAUGUAUUUUUUAUUAUUCCACAGCAUAAAUCUGUGUUUAAAUAGGAGAAAGUGCCUAUAGGCUACGCACACAAAGGAAUGUGGGCACCUGGUCCCAACACUUUGGCUUCAUCGAGAUCCUGGAGGUGCCAUGCCCCGGCCCGGGGCACAGCUGGACCCUCAACCUUUCUGGGUCUGCCUCACCUACCAGGUGGCUGCUGCCACCCCCCUGCACGUGCGUGUUCGGUUUCCACAAAAGCAUCCUGGGCUGAGAGUAUGUGCAGCCAAAGGAGGUUUUCAUACUCGUCUCAGGCUGGGAGUUUAGAAGGAAUCCAUUUCUCUGGAGCAGUUACUCUACUCUGUAGCAAUUAAUUAGUCACUAAGCACAGACAAGACCUUGUCUACCUGUCUCAUGUCUCCCCACCCUUACUUAUAUAUUUGGGUACAAACCACUAUGUUCUGAAAAGUUUACAAGUGUCAGACCAGGCGAUCAAACCCAGGAAAUCCCCCGUCCGCGGCCAGAGCGUGAUGCCACGAUGUGGGAUGCACCCAACCGGACAGUCCCGCCGCUGCCGCAGCUGAGUCCCGGUCACGCCUCUCCUAGUACUGCUGAACUAACGGCUGGCUGCCUGUCUCAUGUUCUUUCCUACUACAAGGUUGGGGAGAAAAAAAAAAAAAGGAGGAAAACAAGGAAAAAAA